AUGGGAUCGGCAGUAAACGAGUCAUGUGACAACUAUGUCGAAAUUUUCAAGAAAAUCAACUACUAUUUCCGUGAUGAUCAAGUUAUCAACGGUACAGAAUAUUCUCAGAAAGAAUUUGGGUAUUUCAUCACCUUUGCUUAUAUGCUGAUAAUCCUGUUUGGAGCAAUGGGUAACUUCUUGACUAUCAUUGUUGUCAUACUAAAUCCGUCGAUGCGAACAACUCGAAACUUUUUUAUUCUGAACUUAGCUCUGUCUGAUUUUUUUGUUUGCAUUGUCACCGCUCCUACCACGUUGUAUACAGUUCUUUAUAUGUUUUGGCCAUUUAGUAGGACGUUAUGUAAAAUCGCUGGUUCGCUACAAGGGUUCAACAUUUUCCUUUCAACAUUCUCCAUUGCUUCAAUUGCGGUGGAUAGAUAUGUGCUUAUCAUUUUUCCUACCAAGCGAGAAAGACAACAAAACCUUUCAUUUUGUUUUUUUAUAAUGAUCUGGGUCAUCUCUCUCAUAUUAGCGGUUCCUCUUCUCCAAGCAUCCGAUCUAACAUCUGUUUUUGUGGAACCAUCGUGUGAUAUUGCUUUGUACAUUUGCCAUGAACAAAAUGAAAUUUGGGAAAAGAUGAUCAUAUCAAAAGCCACAUAUACUCUCGCCGUUCUUGUUACCCAGUAUGCAUUCCCGUUGUUUUCAUUGGUUUUUGCGUAUUCUCGAAUCGCAUACAGAAUGAAGUUGCGAUUUGCAAAUAGAAACCAGAACUUGACUACUGCCACCAAUACAAAUCAACGGAGAAGUAGUAGAGCGACAGCGCCGCACUCAUCUUCUCCUUGUCUGCGUCGUUGCAGUGUUCGCUGUAGCUUGGCUCCCUUUAAAUGUAUUCCAUAUUGUGAGCUCAUAAAACAUAAUCAUCACUACUUAGAAAAUUUUCAGUUUAACACAUUCGAAUUUGUAAACAGUUUCUCAGUUACAACAUUCAGCAUCUGCCAUUGCCUGGCAAUGUGCUCUGCUUGUUUGAACCCUUUAAUUUAUGCAUUUUUCAACCAUAAUUUCCGGAUUGAGUUCAUUCAUCUUUUUGAUAGAGUUGGUUUGAGGUCUUUGAGAAUUGUGAUUUUUGGAGAACAGGAAUCGUUAAAAAAGAGGACCGAGUGUAGAAAUCGAGCAGGAUGCAAAACUGUUACGACUACCGAGCCAACGACAUUCCAUAGGAUGAAUGAAAGCAUGAUUCUGAGUGCGAUGGAGCACGAUGAACAAUUAUGA